GACGCUACGUUGGAAUAUUGUAGGUAGUUUGAUGUUAUCUGUUUGAUGUAGAAAACCUGUUUUUACGUUCGUUUGAUGUUUUCGCAUUAAAAAAUAUCUGGGAGUAUUAUAUCAAUGCUAGUUUUCGGGAACGCGUACUCAAGUCCCGUUUUCUCAAUAUAAGCAAGUUCAAAAAAAACUUUGAGAAUAAGUUGUGAGUACAAGGAAGAUAAAAGUUUGCUUUAAAAACUAGGCUCAGAUAAACUACGGUCAGAUUCACAAAGUUCCUCAGUGCGUUUACUUUAGUGUAUUCGGUUUUCUUCGAUUGAGAGUUCGAACUCAAAUAAAAUACAACGUACAGUGAUAACAAACCUAUUUAUAAUGUUAAAAUUUCACGAUCAGUAAGUGAAAUUGAUCUGUUUAGCCAUUUCCUUUCUCGGUCUUGUCAGUUUUCAACCUAAACAUGAUUUGACUGGCUGAUUUCGGACCGCUUGAAUAAUCACAUUCGAACACAUAUUCUUUUAAAUGCAGUUUUCAGUAGGAUAUGUAUAAUAAUGACUCGUUUUUGCAUAAUUAUUUAGCUCCACCGUUUAAAAUUUUUGGUGAGGUCUAGAUAAAGUAGAGUGUUGUUCUGAUUAGGUCUGGGCUUAGCAGAAAAGUAUUUUUUGACUGUCUUUUGGGACGGCUAGCCAUAGCCGUUAUCUAAACGAACAAUCCACAAACUACUCCAAAAUUAGGUCUUAUGAUUGAACUUGUCAACUCACUUGUUGUAAUCAUUGUUAACUUUACGCAGUUUGAUCGCCUGUCUAUAUAUUUUCCCUUACCUACGAAGUGUUAUUAAUAUAUUGUGUGUAUAAUGUUUAGUAGCGUUCUGAUUUUGUAUGACAGUUUGCAAACAAAUAAAUACCAACCAGAUUUAUAAGUAAAGACUCAAUUAGUGCAUUAUUCAUCACUCCGUUUUCUGUUCCACGUUUAUGAUAUUGCAAAUGUAACCUGCUUAAUUCUAAUUUAUUGCAGUCAUGGUGUCAGUACUGUCAUAUAUUUUACCUGUCUACAAAACAUUCUUUUCUCAUCCACUAUUCCGUUUUUGACUUUGUAAAGAGAUCCUAUGGUAAGGCUUUAAAUCCAUCAAAAUAUUUAAUUAUUGUUUCAUAUCCCUCACUUAAAUUGCAGUCUUCCACCUAAGUGUACUUUAACAGGGUGGUGAUGUUUUCGUUUUCCAAGCCUACGUUUUGUUAUUUACUUAUUUUUUUCAGAACAUAUGACUCUAGAUGAACGCUUUCAAAAACUUGGAACCCUUCUUCAAGGUUUCAAAAUCACUGAUUCGUCAUUGUUGUCUUAUGGCACUGCCGGGUUUCGUCUCCCCGCUGAUAAAUUGGGUGGUGUAGCGAUUCGAUUAGGAAUAUUGGCAUGUAUCAGAUCAUUAAACUUGCAAUGUAGGGCAGUGGGUAUAAUGAUAACUGCUUCUCACAACCCACCAUGUGACAACGGUAUGAAGUUAGUUGAUCCUCAUGGAGGUAUGUUGGAUGCUGAGUGGGAACCAGUUGUGGUCAGUUUUAUGAGUUGUCGCGAUGAAUCUAUCUCUAAAUGGUUAUCGGAACAUGGCUGCAACUUCCAAGAUGAUCAGCUACCCCAUGUUGUUUUGGGCUUUGACACUCGUGAAAGUUCUCCAGCUUUAGCAAAUGAAGUUAAACAAGGUGUUAAUGUUAUGCAUGGCAUCUGCCAUGAACUUGGACUGGUGACGACUCCUCAACUUCAUUAUUUUGUUCAAUAUAUUAAUUCAAUUGGUAACCUAUGUUCCAACCAACUUGCUGAUUUAGAAACUAUUUACGUUCAUCAUUUUGCUGAACGUUUCACCACCGCGUUAGAAAAUUUACAAAGUUGUACUGAGUCAAUACAUUUAAAUGUAGAUUGUGCACAUGGUGUUGGUUCUAAAGUUUUAGAACGUUUUUGUGCAUAUUUUUCAUCUGUCAAAGGUCCACGUAGAUUAAUAUUACACUUAUAUAAUACAGAGACAGAGAAUAAAGAGUUACUUAAUCAAAAUUGUGGGGCUGAUUUUGUUAAAAUUACAUUAAAUGCACCAAAGUUAACUCCACCGAAUGAACAGUCUAUCAUGUAUCCAGAUAGAUGGGCAACAAUCGAUGGAGAUGCUGAUAGAUUAAUCUAUUUUCGACCAAUUUUUACGCAUUAUUCACCAUCUUCAGGUGAUAAUAGGUUAAAUAAUGACGUGAAAGAAUUACAUCUACCUGGGGCUGUAGCUCAACAAGUUGAACUUCUGGAUGGUGAUCGUAUAUCAUGUCUUUUUGCUCAUUUUCUUGUUAAAGUUCUCAAAUCAGUAUCUUCCGAUCGUAAUUUAACUAUCGGAGUCAUACAGACAGCUUAUGCAAAUUCUGCGUCUACACGUUAUUUAACUGAACAUCUUCAUGUAUCAGUAGUUUGUGUUCCAACUGGAGUAAAACAUUUGCAUCAUGCAGCACAAAGUUUUGAUUUUGGGAUUUAUUUUGAGGCUAAUGGACAUGGAACUGUAUUGUUUUCUAAACAUAUUUUAAACUUUGCAGAAAAUCUAAAUGUGAAUAAUCCACUUCGUACAUUUAUUGAUUUAACUAAUACUUCAAUUGGUGAUGCUAUAACUGAUAUUCUUUUAGUGGAAUAUACAUUAGCCUGGUUAAAUUGGUCAUUUGUUAAUUGGUUUUCAAUGUACGAUGAUUUACCAUCGAAACAAUUAAAAGUUACUGUAGCUAACCGUGAUCUUAUAAAAGUUACAUGGGAUGAAAGACGUGUAACAAGUCCAAUUGAAUUACAAAUUGCUAUCGAUGAAGCUGUUCAACAAGCUGAUAAAUUAGUUGGUAAAAUUGGUACAUCACGUGCAUUUGUUCGUCCAUCAGGUACAGAAAACACUGUACGUAUUUAUGCUGAAUCCUAUACACAUGAAGCAACUGAUUGGUUAUCCGCAACGAUCGCUUUGAUAACUUAUAAAUUAGCCGGUGGAAUAGGUCAUCAGCCAACACCUCCUAAGCCUCUUCAUUCCAUCUGUAGUUGA